AUGGAGGUGGAGGUGACUGGUGAAUUGAGGACAAGCUGGACACCUACACAUCUCACAGGAGAUCCAUCAGUCCUAGUUGACCAUACAGCAAAGAAAAGAAAGCAGCAUUUAAGCACUGUUCCAGCGAACGAAAUCAUAGAGGAUGAAGAGGAAGAGGAGAGCCAGAGUAUGACUGACCACACCAAAGACUCAGAGGAGCCCAGUUUCAAAAGAGUUAAACCAGUGACCAAGUCCAACAGCCUCACAGGAGUUAUCACUCCAGUCAAGACACCUGCUCUGAAACGCAUUGGACAGUCUAUAUCGAGGUCGAUCAGUUUUCGCACUGAGGCUCGACCUUUGCCUCCUGCUCCUCUAAGGUCUCGGUCCAAGGCUUCAUCGUUUCCACGGAGACGCAGCAGUCAGUGUUGGAGCGACACUGUGGAAAGUCAUGACCUAACCGCCAAAGAGAUCAAACGCCAAGAAGUGAUCUAUGAGCUAACACAAGGAGAAAGGCAGCUCAUUGAGGAUCUGAGCCUCGUCAAAAAGGUGUACUAUGAGCCCAUGCUGAAACUGGACAUUUUGACAGAGAGUGAAUUAGGACAAAUCUUUGGGACUCUGGACUCUCUCAUCCCUCUGCAUGAAGAUCUGUUGUCGCGACUAGAACGGCUGAGGGGAUCAGAGAAGACUGUUGGAGAAAUCGGUCCUACGCUUUUAUAUUGGUUCCCCUGUCUGGAGGCCUAUGUAACUUAUUGCUGUAACCAGGUCGGAGCUAAAGCCUUGUUGGACCAGAAAAAGACUGAGAAGAGAGUGGAGCACUUCUUGCGGCUGUGCCAAGAGUCCUCGUUCAGCCGAAAACUGGACCUCUGGAACUUCCUGGAUCUGCCCCGGAGCCGAUUGGUCAAAUACCCUCUGCUGUUAAAGGAGAUUCAGAAGUGCACCCCCUCAGAACACCCCGAUGAGGACUCGCUGCCUGAUGCUUUGGAGAUGAUCCAAAGCAUUGUGGCGGAGGUGAAUAAAAAGACUGGCGAGGCGGAGUGUCAGUUUUACAGAAGGGGAUUGAACUAUCUCGAAGAGGGCCAGAGGUUACCUGAAAUCCAACAGUCACGCUUCCUGUACUGCCAUGGAGAGCUGAAGAACAACAAGGGACAGCGAUUACAUGUAUUCCUGUUUGAGCUGGCGCUCGUGCUGACAAGGCCUGGGGAAGAUAAAGAUGGCGGACAGACUUUCAGCAUUUACAGACAGCCUCUGCCCAACAACUUACUGAACCUGGAGGAGAUUCCUGAUGGAGAGGCAGGAGGGGGUGGAGCCUUUCGAGGAGCCUUCACAGGGGGAAACGAUAAAGUGAAAAACUGUUUCCGCGUGAGCAGCAGGGGGCGCUCUAAAGCAAACUCCUAUAGCCUGCAAGCCAACGACUCUUUCAGCAAACAGCAGUGGAUCACCUGUCUGCGUCAGGCCAUGGUCCAAUCACGAGACAGGAAUGCCCACGCCGGCCAAUCACAGUUCCCCUCCUACGCAGAUCCCACCCUCUGUCACAUAGCUGACCUGAGCCUCACUUCAGACUCUGAGAUGGAUGUCCAGACGCUCAGUGGAUAG